AUGCUCCUGCAGCAGCAAUAUCGAGAGAAGGGGUUUAAAAGAUAUUCUGAACUUAUUGCAUGUCUUCUCUUGGCUGAACAAAAUAAUGAAUUGUUGCUGAAAAAUCAUGAGUCCCGACCAACUGGUGCAAGUCCAUUCCCUGAAGCGAAUGCGAUCCAAUUUCAAAAUUCUGGUCGAGGUCGUGGACGUGGCCGUAGAGGUGGCCGUGGAGGAGGCCGCGGACGUGGCCGUGGCUGUGAACGUGAUCGUAGUAAAUUUGUGUCCCGUGAAAAUUUUAACCGUGGCAAGCAACAAAAUGUUUCCCAAAAGAGGGAAAAUAACUACGAUCAGAAAAAUGGAGAAAAGAAAGUUUAUGAAGAAAAAUGCUACCGGUGUGGUAUGGAAGGUCAUUGGUCUCGUACCUGUCGUACGGCCGAACAUCUUGUUGACCUCUAUCAAGUAUCGUUGAAAAAGAAAGACAAAGGUGUUGAGGCAAAUUUCAUUGAUCAAAAGAAUGACUAUGAUGAUGGUGAUGAUGCUGACAUGACACACCUCGAUGUUGCUGAUUUUUUUGAACAUCCUGAAGAUGUCAACAAAUAUUCCAUGAUUAUUUAG